AUGUCAGCUUGCUCUGUGCAGCUGCGGCCGUUUGGCCUCGGAGAUCGAGAUGAGGGAGAUCUCACUGUAGCAGCUGCCCAGGCGGGGAGAGGUAAAUAUGCAGAGGAUUUGUUUGGAGAGCUCUUUAACGAGGCCCACUCCUUCUCGUUCCGGGUCAACUCCCUGCAGGAGCGCGUGGACCGCCUCUCCAUCAGCGUCACGCAGCUGGACCCCAAAGAAGAAGAAUCCAGGGUGAUCCCUAUGGAGGCGCAUGGGCUGAAGCUCGGGUGUCAAAGCAGAGGGGAAUCACAGAGGUAUAAUGCCAUGCUCCGAGGCACCGCAUCGAUUUACCAUGAGCCACUGGGGUGUUUACGGCACGGCCAGUCUUAA